UAUAUAAUUGUAUACAAACACAUACACGCACGGUCCCCUUUUUCGAUACUCCAAUCUCUCCCCGUCGCACAAACACAAUAUCGGAGUGAUUUUCGACAACGAUGACACCGGAUUUGCCAAACGGCGUCGUCGUCGCACCGCAGAACCCUCCCGCCGCUGCGAAAAAAUCUCGGGAGAGUGAACGACGUCGUAGGCGGCGCAAGCAGAAGAAGAACAAACCUACCGAUGCUUCCGCCGGAGACGAGAGCGAAGCCGGAGCCGCCGCUAACGGCGGUGAUAGUGCCAAGGAGAACUCCGAUCCUCAGACGGCCUUUGAGCCAGUUGAAGUUGAAUAUAUUCCAGAAAAGGCUGAACUUGACGGAGAAAUGGAUGAGGAAUUUAGAAAGGUCUUUGAAAAGUUUAAUUUCAGCGAGCUACCUGCCUCAGAGGAGAAUGCAAAGAAAGAUGACACUACCGCUGAUACAGCUGCGAAGAAAAAAGUUGAUUCAGAUGAUGAAGAGGAAGGACAAGAUGCCCCUGAAAAAGAGAAGGGUGGUAUCUCUAACAAAAAGAAAAAGCUUCAGCGCCGGAUGAAGAUUGCAGAAUUAAAGCAGAUCUGUUCGAGGCCUGAUGUAGUGGAGGUGUGGGAUGCUACCUCAUCAGAUCCUAAACUGCUUGUGUUUUUAAAAUCAUAUCGCAAUACUGUUCCAGUACCAAGGCAUUGGUGUCAGAAAAGAAAGUUUCUACAAGGAAAAAGAGGUAUUGAGAAGACACCUUUUCAACUACCUGAUUUCAUUGCUGCUACAGGCAUCGAGAAAAUUAGACAAGCCUACAUUGAAAAGGAGGACAACAAGAAACUCAAACAGAAGCAACGUGAGAGGAUGCAACCAAAAAUGGGAAAAAUGGACAUUGAUUACCAGGUUCUUCAUGAUGCAUUCUUUAAGUACCAGACAAAACCAAAAUUGACAUCACAUGGUGAUCUGUAUCAUGAAGGGAAAGAGUUUGAGGUAAAACUAAGGGAGAUGAAGCCAGGAAUGCUGUCACAAGAACUAAAAGAUGCUCUUGGGAUGCCUGAGGGUGCUCCUCCUCCAUGGCUCAUUAAUAUGCAGAGAUAUGGCCCUCCUCCGUCUUAUCCAUCAUUGAAGAUUCCUGGGCUAAAUGCUCCUAUUCCACAUGGAGCUUUAUUUGGUUAUCAUCCUGGAGGCUGGGGCAAACCACCUGUUGACGAUCAAGGCCGUCCUCUAUAUGGAGAUGUAUUUGGUCAGCAACCAGAACAACCAAACUAUGAGGAAGAACCAGAAGAUAAAACUAAGCAUUGGGGUGACUUGGAGGAAGAAGAGGAAGAAGAGGAGGAAGAGGAAGUCGAAGAACCAGAUGAGGAAGAGUUAGAAGAUGGUAUUCAGUCAGUUGAUAGUCUGUCAAGCACUCCUACUGGUAUUGAGACUCCAGAUGUUAUUGACCUUCGCAAGCAGCAGAGGAAGGAACCUGAGAAACCUCUUUACCAAGUGCUUGAAGAGAAAGAAGAAAAGAUAGCUCCAGGGACCUUGCUAGGAACGAGUCACACCUAUGUGUUAACUGGUGCUCCCCAAGACAAGCCAGCAGCGAAGAGGGUUGAUUUGCUUAGAGGUCAAAAAUCAGAUAGAGUUGAAGUGUCACUAAAUCCAGAAGAAUUGGAAGUUAUGGACAAUGUUCUGCCUGCCAAGUACGAGGAAGCCCGAGAGGAAGAGAAACUCCGUAGUCAACGGGAAGAUUUCAGUGACAUGGUGGCCGAGAAUGCAAAGAAGAGGAAACGAAAGAUGCAGGACAAGGACAGCAAAUCAAAGAAGAAAGAUUUCAAGUUUUAGAAUUUUGAUUCUUAUAUUUAGCUGUUUUAGGGGCUUAGCUCUGCCCAUAUGAUCUUCUAUCAUCUUUUGUUGCAGCUUCUGAGACAAGCUAUAAAUCUUGCGUACUUGCACUAUUGCAUGUCUUUCAGAAUUUUUCGCACCUAGUUUGUCAUAUGUAUCGUGUAAUUUGUACUCCGUAACUACAAGACAGUAUCCUACUAAAAAAUAUGAGCUCUAUUUCUUGAUAUGCA